ACACAUGAACACAGUCUUCCUCGCGCUUUCCAAGCAUCAGCAUCAGCAUCCCGUUGCCAUAGUAACCGCGUCGCGCACUAUCACUCGCGAAUCACCCGCACGAUUCACCCUAUCAUGAGUUUCCCGCCCCCGCUACAUCGAGUCUGAUUAGCCACUCCCGCGUAGUUGAUUGGUGUAGGAAUUUCCGGUACCGCGAUCCUCAUCGGAUUUCAGUGUUUUUAAGUGUGGAUCUCAUGUGUUAGUGCUAGUUGUGUGGAUUUUCAGCGCCCAAGGAAUUCCUUUUUUCAGCCGGGAUGGGGACAGGCGGUGCGCAGGUGAUAGACCUGGCGGAGCGGCGGUCUCACUUCGUGACGCAGCAGAGCACCGUUUGGUCCCGACGACAGCAGGCAGUAUGCGUGAGACGGGCCUACAAACGCUACGGAACCACCAAGAAUCCAAACGUCAUCCUCGACGGCCUCAACAUGACCGUCCCCAAAGGCUGCAUAUACGGAUUGUUGGGAGCUAGUGGUUGUGGUAAAACGACUCUUUUAAGUUGUAUAGUUGGUCGUCGGCGCCUAAACUCGGGUGAAAUAUGGGUUCUUGGUGGAAAACCGGGUUCCCGAGGGAGUGGUGUCCCUGGACCUCGGAUUGGAUAUAUGCCUCAGGAAAUUGCAUUAUACGGCGAAUUCACAAUACGGGAAACGAUGCAAUAUUUCGGAUGGGUAGCCGGCAUGGAAACAAAAGCCAUCAACGAAAGGGUAGAGUUCCUCGUUAAAUUCCUCCAACUGCCCCCAGCUAGUCGACCAGUCAAAAACCUCAGUGGAGGUCAGCAACGGAGGGUGUCGUUUGCCGCAGCACUUCUCCACGAGCCAGAAUUGCUGAUUCUGGACGAGCCAACUGUUGGAGUAGAUCCUCUUCUUAGACAAAACAUUUGGGACCAUCUAGUCCAAAUCACAAAAGACAGCGGAACGACUGUGAUAAUUACUACACAUUAUAUCGAUGAAACUAGGCAAGCGCAUACGAUUGGACUCCUCCGAGGAGGAAGGAUGUUAGCCGAAGAAUCGCCGUCCGCUUUGUUAGAAAAAUAUCAAGCAGAAUCCUUAGAAGAAGUCUUCCUAAAACUGAGUAUUUUACAAAAUAAGGGAAAGAGGAGAAGAAGCAGUAUUUUACAUGACGUCACGCAAGCCAUUGUUCUACCACCCAGCAUUGCCGCACAGGCAGAUCCAGUCGGAGAGACGAAUUUAGCGUUCGAUAACUCGAAUGAAAUGAGCGGUGAGUUUGGAGACAACGUCAACCCAACUUUACCACCCCCUAAACUUGGUCGCCGAGUCUCAAUAGCCCCUAAUCCGGCAGAGCAAUCGCCAGCGCCCGACGACCUACCCCCGGAUGAGGAGCCAGAAAUAACGCUUUGCGAAAGGCUCAAGUUGUGUAAAAGCAAUCACAUGAAAGCUCUAGUAUGGAAGAAUUUCCUCUGGAUGUGGCGUAACGUUAGUGUAAUGUUGUUCAUCAUCGGAUUACCCGUGGGUCAGAUCAUUUUGUUCUGCCUGGCGAUUGGAAAGGACCCGACCGGACUCCAUCUUGCCGUCUUCAAUCAGGAGAAAAUGGACUCGUGUGGACCUAUCGCCACCGGCUGUAACUUUGAACUUCUUAGUUGUCGCUUCUUAAAUCAUCUACUAUCGAAGCAGCAGGUUCUGGAUUACUUCCCUUCAGAGGCUGAAGCCAUAGGGGCGGUCCAAAAGGGUCAUGCUUGGGCCGCCCUGGAGUUCGCGCACAACUACACGGACGUCCUCAAGGAGCGAAUGGACGCUGGUCGCUACGCGGACGAGUGGACAGUCGAAGAAAGUAACAUCAACAUCUGGAUGGAUCAGUCUAAUCAGCAAAUCUCGUUGUUGCUCAAGCGAGACCUAGUCAACGCCUUCCAAGAAUUCGCCACGGAAUUGGCCGUUUCGUGCAAUAUUACCACGCAAGUCGUCUCCACGCCGAUCCGAUUCCUGAACCCAAUUUAUGGCCCCGUCAUCCCUAACUUCACCGACUUCGCUGCGCCGGGAGUCAUUUUAACAAUCAUAUUCUUUUUGGCAGUGGCUUUGACCUCCGGUGCUAUGUUAAUCGAAAGAAACGAGGGGAUUAUGGAAAGAGGUCUCGUUUCUGGUAUCACAGGGAUCGAGAUUUUGAUGGGUCAUGUGAUCUGUCAGUUCGCGAUCAUGUUGUUCCAGUCAAUCAUGGUCAUAGUGUUCGCUCUCAUCGUUUUCGAGGUGACCAACCACGGCUCCGUCGCCUGGGUCGCCCUCCUCACCAUCUUGACCGGUCUUUGCGGAAUGUGUUUCGGAUUUUUCGUUUCUUGCAUAACGGACAGUGAGCGAAACGCAACGUAUCUAGCCAUGGGCAGUUUCCUGCCGAUCGUCAUGCUGUGUGGUAUCAUCUGGCCGGUGGAGGGAAUGCACACGAUCGUAAAAGCGAUCAGUUUCGUACUACCCCUCACUCUCUCGACGGAGUCGUUGCGGUGCAUCCUCGCUCGAGGCUGGGAAAUCACGAAACCGACCGUUUACUUCGGCUUCUUCUCUACGCUUGUGUGGAUAGUCAUCUUCCUAACCUCCAGCAUCCUUCUAAUCAAGUUUAAGAAGGGUUAAAUCACCUUCGACCGGAGUCGCAAUCAAGGCAAAAGUACCUACUCUCAAGUGGAUAGUCAUCUUCCCAACUUCAGUAGCCUUCUAAUCAAGUUUAAGAAGGGUUAAAUCACCUUCGACCGGAGUCGCAAUCAAGGCAAAAGUACCUACUCUCAAGUGGAUAGUCAUCUUCCCAACUUCAGUAGCCUUCUAAUCAAGUUUAAGAAGGGUUAAAUCACCUUCGACCGGAGUCGCAAUCAAGAC